CUUUGCUCCGCUGCGCAGAUUAUCCUUUCCUCUUUUCUUCGCUCAUCUCUUCCUCUUUAUCAUUUCCUUCCUAAAUUCUCUCAUUAAUUUUUGUUUUCUCUUUUUCUAAACCAGCCACCCUAUAAUUCCAACCCUAAUCCUUUGCUUAAACCUUUCCUCAGCAUCACUUGAUAUUUCCCACACACACACAACAAGAAAGAAAAAAGAAAAAACAUGAUGGAGCUUGUAACCGCGAGUGAUCUUUUUGUGACCGCUUCUCUGGCGAUUCUUCUGUCCUUCCUUGUUGCAAAACUUGUUUCCUUGGCCAUGACCGACACCCACUCCGCGACAAAACAUCAUGCGCACGACGAACCGGUUGGUCCGGUUCUUCUUGGGGAAAAGUUGACGGUUCAGACCGCUCCGAGCGAGAGCAGGGUCGAUUUUAUUAGUCCGGUUCGAGUUGCAACGUAUAUAGCAGCUGAACACAACAUAGAACACGACACGGUUGAAUCUGAUGCCAACGUUGUUGUCGUGUCUCCGGUGAAGUCAGACCCAGCCAUUGCCGUUAAAGAGAAAGUCGCUGAGCCCGAUGAAGGAACACAGGAGUUUGACGGUUCUUCGGAACAGAGGAACGCAAGGAGCGUUGACGAAAUCUGCGUAGAACCGUCCAUUGAGAUGGAGGUUUCCGUUGUAGAGAGUGGCAUGAAAGAUAAUGCCGACGACGACGACGACGACGAUGAUGAUGACGAUGAUUGGGAAGGGAUUGAGAGGAGUGAGUUGGAAAAGGUGUUUGUGGCGGCUACGGAAUUUGUUGGAGAGGAAAAUGGGUUGGGGAGUGUUGGAAGCAAUGUGCAAAUGGAGUUGUAUGGCCUUCACAAAGUUGCUACUGAAGGGCCUUGCCGUGAACCUCAACCAAUGCCUCUCAAACUCUCUGCACGUGCCAAGUGGAAUGCUUGGCAAAAACUGGGGAACAUGAGUCCAGAGGUUGCAAUGGAGCAGUAUAUCAGCCUUCUUUCGGAUAAAGUCCCUGGAUGGAUGAAAGAUAAUUCUACUGGAAUGAGCGAACAUGAACCCACAAGGUCAGAAGUUUCUGAUUCUGCUGCUCCUGGGUUGAGCACAUCUUUGUCUCAUCAACAAAUGAUCAUAACUGAAAGGGAACUUGAACAAGAGUCUGAUUCCCAGGGCCGAAGCCUGCUUGCAGAAUCAGAUUUGGAGAACAAAGUUAAGAAGUGAUGGCAUCUCUCUGCUUAUAUCUCACGCAAGGGAAAUCUUCCUGCAUUUAUUUCAGCAAAAUGAAGAUCGAUUUCUCCAAGAAUAUUAGUUUGUUUCGAAGUAUGCAAGGUUCUAGGGUUGUUUGUUUUCUCCCUUGUUCCUUAAAUCAUUUGCUGAUCAUGAUGUGUUAUUGUGUUCUUCUAUAUCAAGCUGUUAAUAUAUAUAUAUUUAUUGUACAUAAAUAAAUGCGUGUAUAUGAUCGUAUGUGCUACCCAAGAUUACGGCU